AUGCAGGGGCCAAACCCCCGGUCAGUCUCCUCAGGAGUUCCCGAGCGAGGACUGCCGGAGAGGAAAGAUUCGAAGGAGAAGAGUGACCACGAGCAGGAUGCAGAUGGUGAAGUGGAUAUCAAGAAUGGAGGUUCCUCUAAUGACGAAGAAGGCCCAAACAGAAAAAGAAGAAGGAGCCGUAAAGGACUAGACAAGAAGUUUGAAUGUCCUUCGGAGGGUUGUGGCAAAAGCUAUUCAAGAGCUGAACAUCUGUAUCGCCACCAACUAAAUCACACACCCAAGUAUAUCUAUAAGUGUACCUUCCCUGGUUGCGAACGGGAGUUUGUCCGGCAGGAUCUACGCAAUCGCCAUAUGGACCGCCACACGGCGAAAGGUUCGGCCUUGAGCCGCAAGGACUCCAUGAAUAACGCUAAUGUAACUGCUGGAUCUAUUUCCCCAGAAGCAAACCGGGCUGGCUCAGGGUUCCCCAAGCCUCGCAGUGGAUCUGGAGCUAGUCCAUAUACACCAAUAUCGGCUACGCCUCCGAUGUAUCCUCAUGGUGGCCCACCUCACGGACUGGAUAAUUAUAUGCCAUCAGACAAUGGCUACAGUAGCAACAAUAUGAACCACCGCCACCCGCACCAGUCACCGUCCGGUCGUCCAGCUAUACAAACUAAUGUUGGUCCCUACGGUGUUCUAUCACCUGUUUCUACUCAACAUGGUAGCUACAACGGCCAGCCAUCGAACACACCGCAGUCUACGCCGACUGGUCCAUAUGUUGCGCAGAAUAACUUUCCGCCUUUCUCGUUGCCACCAUCUGACUUCUCGACAACAUCGCCAGCUGUCGCGACAAGGGAUGCUAAUCAGACUUACCCUACUACAAACAGUGACUUUGCCGAUCCCUCUCACGUGCAAGCUUCCGGGGAAAUGAUGCUUUUGGAUCAGAUGGCAAAUCAAACCACAAUUCCUGUAUUUGGUCCAGACGCUGGCUUGAACAAGUCCCCAUAUAUCACAAUUCCGGAGGACUUCGUGGCUUAUCUAUUUAACACGAACAAUCCUGACGGGUCCCCCGUGGUAGGCCAGAUGAUGACUUCAGGUCAAUAUUCCUCCAACUACGCCGACUUUCAAUCUCAGUACAGCAUGCCUUAUUAUGGAAAUGACGGCACGCCGCUUGGCUAUUUCCCGCCAUCAAACCAACCGCAGCAAGUCAUGUCUGUUCCAAGCUUGCUUGACCAGAACCUGCCUGAAUCGCUCUUGUCGGAAGAGAAGAGUCAAGAGAUCUUCGACUUUAUUAAGGAGCGCUUCCAUGAGAAAGAUCAAGCACCAGUUGAGCGGCAAAGGGACAAUAUCCUUGAGGGCGACCGCAGCGACGAGCACCACAUGUUGAGCCGUAAGAUGAUGCAGGCGUACAUCAGCUCCUACUGGAUUCAUUUUAGUGAUCAAAUUCCUAUCCUGCAUAAACCAACUUUCUCGCCAGACAAAACGCCCACCCUUCUCCUACUAGCUGUUAUGGCAAUUGGUGCUUCUUGUCUCGAUCGGACAAAUGGGCAUGCAGUUAUGCGAGCAGGUGCACAACUUUCGAAUUUCCUUGCGUGGCAUGUUCGGUGGGAGAUAUUCAUGGAUGCGAGCAGCCGGCCUCCUGCCAAGCUCUGGGUCUUCCAAGCACUCCUGUUACUGGAACUCUACGAAAAGAUGUACUCGACUCGGGAGUUGCACGAACGUGCGCACAUCCACCACGCCACAACAAUCACACUCAUGCGCAGAGGGAGAUCCCUGAUCGGUAAAUCCGCACUUGACUCGCCUCCCAACCCUAGAGAGGAUAAGAAUGGGUCUAGGCACUCUUCCACCUCGGGCAUCGCGAACACUCCUGAUGAAUGGUGGAACCAUUGGAUCACGAACGAAUCGACGAGGCGUGCGGCAUUUGCAGCUUUCCUGAUAGAUUCCGUACAUGCAACUAUGUUUGGCCACUCAACAGUCAUGGUAGCUCAUGAGAUGCGACUACCUUUGCCAUGUGAUGACCAACUAUGGAAAGCUGGUAGCGGUGCGGAGGUCGGCAGGACCGAAGCAAAUCUCAUGUCAAACGGCAUCAAGCCCAUCUCUUUCUUGGAAGGUCUGAAGCGGACACUCAACGGACAAGAAGUGCGAACCAACUCUUUCGGCCGACAGGUAUUGAUGGCAGGUCUUUUGAGUGUCAGCUGGCAUAUGAAUCAACGGGACCUCCAGGUCACUUCACUGGGCGGUGGGGUAACACAGGCACUUGGUGGUCGUGAUAAAUGGCGUAGCACACUGACGCGAGCAUUCGACGCGUGGAAGACGGAUUUUGACAAGUUUCUGCAGCGCUCAAAUGGUGCGGCGGACCCGUACAGUUAUGAGAAGAGGAACGAAGACAAUGUCGUCUUCGAGAGUCGGACAGUACUGCACCACCUAGCGCAUAUGGCUAUGCAUGUUGACAUUGUCGACUGUCAGAUCUUCGCUCGCGCGAAACGCCUUCUUGGACGUGCCAUUGGCAACCAGGACCUGAGCAGCGCACAGAGAAGGAUGAAGGACAAUUGGGCGCCUACAGCCAAAGCCCGAGAUGCCACCUUUUACGCUCUCAAAUUCUUGGCUUCAGUGCUGCUUGCAGACGAGAAUGGGUCAGAUGCCUCGACGGGGUACAGACCGUUUGGUCCGGGCGGUUACGUCGCAAGAGAUGAUGUGCUUCUCAACCGACCAUGGGUUCUUUACUUUGCGGCUCUGAUUGUCUGGUGUUACGGGUUCGCCCUCGAAGGCGCGUGCCCGAGUGCUCCAUUGCCUGCAACCCCCCAUGAGAAGACAGGUCGGAUGAAGGACUACCUACGUCGCUUUGGCUCGAUUCCCACGCCGGAAGAUCUGAAGCUGAUGAAAGGUGUUAACAACAACAACGCGUUGCUGUUGGUCCUGAAAGACUCGUUUGAAACAAGCCGCUGGGAACUUCUCCAUGAAGGCGCUAUUCUGUUGAACAACUGCAUUCAACUCAACACCGGUGCAAGCGUGGUCUGA